GCGGCCGGAGGGAAUGGGCGAGCGCGGGGAGGGUCGGGCCGCCGCUUCCACGAAGAAAUAUUGCAUCUGCCUGCUAUUUUCCCUCAGGGAUUUCCAUGACAACAAUUUGGGGUGGCAAAGAAUUCGACACCGGGAUCUCGGUGGCUCAUUGGGGUGCAUUGUGAGGAAAGUGAGGUCGCUGAUUGGCUCAGGAAAGCACCAUAACUACACCGAGUCUAUAGUCAUUCAGCUUCUUUGAGUGCCUCGGCUAUUAUAGAGGCCAGGCGAGCUGGACAUCACUUCAGCGGCUUUUGUUCGCAAGUAUGGAGCAGGGCUGACGCAGAACGCCUCGUUCUCGCGACCGUUUCACGCCAGACGUGGAUGUCAGGGCUCUACAGAAGUGAAGAUGUGCCGUUCCUUUAAACGCGGGGUGCUGCCGAGGUGUGAAUGAGCGCGAUGGCGAACUCUGACAGCGAGGUGAAGACGCUUCUGAACUUCGUCAAUCUGGCCUCGAGCGACAUCAAGGCGGCGCUCGACCGAUCGGCGCCCUGCAGGCGCUCGGUGGACCACCGCAAAUACCUGCAGAAGCAGCUGAAACGCUUCUCGCACCGCUACGCCAAGAUGCCUCGCUGCCAUUCGCACAGAAACGGCGAGCCGACGUUUCCGAAGCUCUCCGAGGAUAAAGCCGCCGCGCUCGCCCGCGACGGGCCGCACGCCAGCGGGAGAGACGAGCGUCUGAACGCGGAUCUGAGCCCGAGCUCGGAGGACGAAGCGCGGUCGGGACAGCUCCCGAUGCGCAAGCGGCAGCUCCCGGCGUCCUUCUGGAAGGAGCCGCAGUCCUCCUCCGGCAGCCGAGAGCGUCUGGAGCACUUCCUUAAGAACAGCGCGAACGGGACUGCGCGUGUCAGGUCGCCGGCGACGAACGGCGAGAAGAGGAAGAUGAUUUACGAUGACUUGAAAGCGAGCCCGCUGCUGUCCGGUAACGCGGAGCCGCCGAGGAGGACUGUGGCGUGCGCGUGCUCGUGCUCGUGCUGCUCGCUUCCGUACCGCGGGCUGCACGCGCUUCACAGCCGCUUUUUGCUCCCUCACGCGGACGCGGCUUUCAGGAACAAAACGGCCGAGAGCAACAUUGAAAUAGCGCACAACUUGAUCGACGGACUUCACAACAACAGCGCGCAUGUGGUCAUCAAGCCGAUUCCCACUAAGCCGGCGGUCUCGCCCUCUAUUUUCAGCGUGUUCGGCUUCAUUUAGCUGGAGGAGGAACACUAACACCGAUUAGAGUCACUUUAGCGAACUGUACUCUGUUUUAACCGAUUACUGACACGCGAAUGAGGAUUUAAUGAUCGCUCGCCUUUAAGCACUUGAAGUACAGAUGUAGCACGAAUUAAACACUGGUGUAUUGGUUUUUAUGGGCUUUAGUGAAACUGAAGAUAUUAAAAUAUCAUUUCACAGGAGUAGACGGUCUUUUGUUUUUGUGUGAGCACAGCUUUUCAGUCGUUGACUCAAACGCU